AAAAAAUAAUAAUAAAAUUGUGUUGCCUUUGACCUUUGAACACGAUGAGAGUUUGACCUUUGAACCCAAUGAGAGUCUUUAUAUGUUGGAUGGAAUCAGAUGAUGAAACAAUCAUUCUUCUACACAAAUCAUCAUCAACUAACUUUUAUCAACUGGGUUUCGCUUGUUUGAUUCAGAAGUGCUGGGAUUUUUUUAUCAGACUAUUGCAAAUUCUUUAAAAACAAGUUUUGAUCAUGAGCAUGGUGAUAUACUGAUAUGAGUCAGAGUUUUCUUCGAAUAAUUGAGCUUCUCUUUUUCCUCUCUCAGAAGACAAGAAUUGAAGAAUUAGCAACUGUGAUCAGAUGAUUUCUUAUGAUUGUUAACCAAAAAGGACUGAACAUCAAAAGAUUUCGUGAAGAAAAGAGAACUAACUCAGAAACUACUUCAGUUUUUUCUGAACAAUUAACAGAUGAUUUUACUAGCUCCUCAUCAGAUAGAAAUUCUCCAGUAUGCUGGCCAGCUACAGGAAGGUCCCCUUAUCAACCAACCCUUUCAAGAUUCGGUGGAAUUAGGCAUAAUCACAGGCAAGAUCUGAAACCUGCUGAUUUUGAGCUUGAAAUGAUGAAAGAAAGAUUUUCAAAGCUUUUGUUGGGGGAGGAUAUGUCGGGUAGUGGGAAAGGAGUUUCAACUGCAGUUACUAUCUCUAAUGCUAUCACAAAUCUUUAUGUUUCUAUGUUUGGUCAACACCUGAGGCUAGAACCAUUGUAUAUGGAUAAAAAGAUGAUGUGGAAAAGGGAAAUGACAUGCUUAUUAUCCGUAUGUGAUUACAUUGUUGAACACAUACCACCAAUGCAACACUUACAAAAUGGAGCAUCCAUGGAGAUGAUGUUUAGCAGGCUGAGAUCAGAUAUAGAUAUCAACCUUCCCGCCUUAAUUAAGCUUGAUGCAUUGCUCAUAGAAAUAUUAGAGAGUUUUCAAGAAACGGAAUUUUGGUAUGAUGAACAAGGAAGCGUAUCGGGAAAAUCACUAAACGGAUCAUUCCGGAAGGUUCCUCAGCCUCACCGGAAAGAAGAAAAGUGGUGGUUGCCGGUGCCUUGUGUCCCCUCCGGUGGUCUCUCAGAGGUGGCUAAAAAGCAUUUGAGACAGAAACGUGAUUCGGCCAAUCAAAUACAUAAAGCAGCAAUGGCCAUUAAUAGCAACAUACUUUCCGAUAUGGAAAUCCCUCGUACGUAUACUGCUUCACUUCCUAAGAGCGGAAGAGCAAGUGUAGGUGAUACAAUAUACCGAUACAUGACUUCAACAACCAAAUUCUCCCCAGACUACCUCCUCGAUUUGCUCAACAUAACCUCGGAACACGAAGCACUUGAAAUAGCGGAUUGUGUAGAGGCGGCUAUGUUCAUAUGGAGACAAAAAGCAUCCUUAAACCAUCCAAAAACAUCAUGGGACGUAGUUAAGGAACACUUGGAGGGGGACAAAAAUGUAGUGCUAGCCGAAAAAGCACAUGUUUUGUUGUUUAGUUUGAAACAACGCUUCCCCGAACUUGCACAAACAACAUUAGACACGAGCAAGAUUCAAUAUAAUAAGGAUGUGGGACAAGCUAUAUUAGAAAGUUACUCAAGGGUUUUGGAAGGUUUAGCAUUCAAUAUUGUUGGUUGGAUUGAAGAUGUAUUAUUUGUAGAUAAAUCCAUGAGAAACAAAGAAGAGUGUUAGGUCUUGUUUUUGCAAUUUGUAAUAUUUUGUAUUUGUUUUGUCAUUAUAUUUCACCAUGAGAAAUACCCUUUUUGGGGUUUAUAACGAUAGUUUGGUCUUUACUUGUAACAAUAAUUACAAACAAACAUUAUAGUAUAAAAAUUAUCGAAG